AUGUGCCCUAAGCAUAUUUAUAUUAGAUGUUAAAGUAUUCAAUUAAAAAUUCUUACUAGAAAUUAUUUGAUACAUACUGAAAUAAUGAUAGCUUUUUUGUUCUAGUAGACUAGCUGCAUGUACACUUUAGUCCUAAUCAGUAGAUUUCCAGUACUAUAAUUUUCAGUGCUGUGCAAUAAAUACUGUCAUUUUGACUAGUUUCUAGCUCCCACCAUGGUAUCUCAGCAAGUGUAGUUGAAGGCAUGUGUAUUUAACACUUGAGUUAAACACACCUACAUACCUGUUGCUCAAAUCAGGAACAAUACCAGCGUUACUAUGAUCUGCUGUCCUUUUGCCAAAAUUGUUUCAAGUUUUCUUUGAUACAGCAGCAAAGAAUUCCCAUUGUUUAUUGUGUGCAGGUCUAGUCUGUAUAUUUUAAAUUGUAUAUUCUUGGCUGUAUCUCUGCUAAGCAACAUUCUUAGCACUUUUCAAGUGAAAGCAUAUAUAGAGAGGUUAAGUGAUUUAAACCAGGCAGUCUCAGGUCUAGGAUUCACUUUCAUUCCCUCUCUCCUUCUGUCCUUAUCUCCCUCUCUUCAUUUUUCCCUCUAGUACUCAAGGUAGAGCCCAGGGCCUUGGGCUUUGCACAUGCUGGGAAAGUGCUCUACCAUCGAACUACAUAUUCAGCUUUUUUAUUUUGAGAAAAAGCCUCACUGUGUGUCCAAGCCUGGAAUUCGGACUCUUCCUGCUGACCUCUGAGUCUGAAGUCUGCUGUGGGAUAAUGCUUUUGUACACUGGUUUAAUAAAAUGCUGAUUGGCCAGUAGCCAGUCAGGAAGUAUAGGCGAGAUAAACAGACAAGGAGAAUUCUGGGAAGAGGAAGGAUGAGUCAGGAGACGCCAGCCUGCCGUCCAGGGAGCAGCAUGUAAUGGCACACAGGUAUCUAGACCACCUCCAUGACUGGAUGAAUGGAAACUCAGUGAUUUGAAUUAAGAACCAACAAGGGAUUGUCCUUGGACUUUGUUCUUUAUAACACACUCUUCACAUACUUUGCACAGCUCUUCUUGCCAUUAAAACCUGCACUGAAGUUUUAAAAAUGAAGCAAUUGAAAAGGAAAAGGAAAAGCAAUUUUAGUGUUCAGGAGACUCAGACCCUUUUGAAAGAAAUUACCAAAAGGAAAGAAGUCAUUUUUUCUAAGCAGCUCAACACAACGAUAAAUGUGAUGAAGCGAAUGGCCUGGGAGGAGAUUGCACAGUGUGUAAACGCUGUAGGAGAAGGAGAACAGAGGACGGGGACUGAGGUGAAGAGACGGUACCUCGACUGGCGUGCACUCAUGAAAAGGAAGAGAAUGAAGGCCAACAUGAAGCUGGUUGGUUCUGGGUUUCCUCUGCCCACAUCUGAUUUAGAUGACUCUCUCACUGAAGAGAUAGAUGAAAAAAUUGCAUUCCGAAAUGAUGCAAAUUUUGACUGGCAGAAUGUGGCAGAUUUCCGGGAUGCAGGUGGAUCCCUAACAGAGGUCAAAGUAGAAGAAGAAGAAAGGGACCCACAAAGCCCAGAAUUUGAGAUAGAGGAGGAAGAAGAAAUGUUGUCGUCUGUCAUACCAGAUUCCAGGAGGGAAAGUGAGCUCCCUGACUUCCCUCAUAUAGAUGAGUUUUUCACCCUCAAUUCCACACCGUCCAGACCCACAUAUGAUGAGCCCCAUCUGCUCAUGAACAUAGAAAAACAGAAACUGGAGCUGGAAAAGCGCCGACUGGAUAUCGAGGCAGAAAGGCUGCAGGUGGAAAAGGAGCGGCUGCAGAUAGAGAAAGAACGGCUGCGCCACCUGGACCUGGAGCAUGAGCGCCUGCAGCUGGAGAAGGAGAGGCUGCAGAUCGAGAGGGAGAAGUGGAGGCUGCAGCUGGUCAGCACCGAGAAACCCGCCCUAGAGAAUGAACUUGGCCAGGGGGAUAAGUCCACGCUGCAGCCACAGGACAUAGAAGCAGAGAAGUUGAAACUUGAGCGAGAGCGCCUGCAGUUGGAGAAAGAUCGGCUGCAGUUUUUGAAGUUCGAAUCUGAGAAGCUGCAGAUCGAAAAGGAGCGCUUGCAGGUAGAGAAGGAGAGACUGCGGAUUCAGAAAGAAGGGCAUUUGCCUUGACUGUUCUCCAUCCUCUUCUUAGCAAAGAUUUAUGAACUGUAGCUUUUCCCCAUCAGUUGAUGUAAAAGUGGUUGGUGGAUUAGCUACCCCAUCACCACCCCUGUCUAAUGUCAGUGUUUUGGGUAGGAGAAAAGAUAGUAACACAUAGGUAGCCACAUGGUUCAGUAGUAUAUUCUAUAAACGCUCUGCCUACCAUAAACAGAUAGCAGAGGAUCUGCUAGACUUUCACAUUAGUGAUACUGCAUAGAGUCCUGUCUUAUUUGUGCACCCCAAAUUAUUUAAUACAAUAAUGUCUACAAUAAAGUUCCCAUCCAGUGAUUCUCAAGUGGAGUUUGGGCACCCAGAAGACAUUUUGGAUUGUGUGGAGAUGGUUUUUGGUGGUCAAAAAAGAUAUAGGUGUGAGCGGCUACUGCCCUCUUAUCAGUAGAGGCUAUAGGCUCUGCUAAACACCAUGUAAUGCCUGACUCUCCUCUUCACAGGAAAGAAUUACCCAGCCCAAAAUAUCACUAGUGCCAAGUUUGAGAUACCUAACCCUGGCCUAACUGUACACCUCUAUAGCUAUCUUUUACAGUUCUAGAAUAUUAAAACUUCAGAUAUUUAUGUGGGCAGAUAUUUAAAUGGCCAAAAGCAUUUUAGCUGUGAGACAUUACUGUGUAGUAUAUUGAAAAUAGGGAAUGGUGGAGAUUGUAGGUACUUUAUUCCCAUGGUGUUGUUUAUCAGUAGACUGAGACUUAGAAGCAAUCCUGGAACUAUCGGAGCUUGUAUAAAAUGAAUCACUUUUAAAGGCAGUCGCCUUCAAGAAUGGGAAGCUUUAGUUCCCCCUUCUUUAAAUCUGUUGUCUUAGUUUGAAUACAGAACUUACCAUUUCAAUCAUGUACUAAAAUGUUAUGUAAGAAAAUGUCAGAAGAUAGUAAAAAUGGUACCAGUGCCAAAAUGGUGACAGUAGUCGAUGAUGUUGAACCCAAUGAAUUGUUGAUUGAUUUCUAAAGUGAAGAAUAGUCAUUUGAGACUGAGAGAUUGAGGAAAUGUCCUCUGCAUCAGUAAAGUGGUGGUGAAAUGAUAGAAGUAGCUUUGUGUUAUGGUUAGGGAAAGCACUUGCUUAACUUAAUCUCUACAAGAGUCUAUGAAAGGGUAACUUCUUGCUUCAGAAUCUGAAAUUCAGAGAAAUCCUGCAGUAAGUAAGUGGCUGUUCUUUAUACAGCGGUGUAUUUUUGUCUUUUCCCCUUCAGGAUGACUAAACUUUAGAAUUCUGAAAGCAAAGGGCUAGCUUUGUCUGAUGAUUUGCCUACGGUGUCCUAAUGGUCGUUUAUCACAGUAAAGUGCUUUCUGAUGCACAAUGAAGUUGGAAAUGGCUGCACGAGUUCACUUUGUGUUUUCUGUUUUCUAGGGAUGAUAGCUUUAAUACAGUACUUCUGUUGACACACUA